UGUCGUCCAAUCGUCGUCCACCUAAUUCCUCAAUAUUCAAUAUUGAUGUGGGAGCCGCUCACUGAACAAGUCUUUUCCAGUGCUCCUGUCUACGACCUUAUAUUCUGCGAUUUGAGUCCUCGCACCCUCGUCCGGCUGUCGCUUACAUGUCGUACAACACACAAAGCAGUCACUCGUUUUUUCAAGCGUGCGUACAACGUCAACCGACAUCUAUCUCAUUAUUUCCCAGAUCCUCUCUCAUUUCGCUCCCUCCAAGCCCGAACUGGACUGGUCAUUUCUGGAUCUAACGCACUUCAGUUUUUGGACCGUACCUUCUACCCCGAGUCAGAUCUCGACGUCUACUCUCACGCUGGUCACGUUUACGAGGUCCUGGAGUGGAUCGAGAGCACCGGGUAUAAGUUUGAGCCCCACAAAUAUCAAGGGGAGGACUGGCAUGACCAUGUUUCGCCUGACUGGGAUGGAACAGUAGCAAGAACGACUCGAUUCAUACCGACGGGAGAAGAUGUUCGCUCGACGCGGUAUUCUAACAUCGCUGAAGUCUACACGUUCAAGCGGCUUGUGGAUAUCGGUGGAGAGCUUGUCGAGCUCCAGAUUCAAGUCAUCGAGACGAUUUGCAAUCCUAUUGAUACCAUCAUGAAGUAUCACUCAACUUGCGUUAUGAACAUCAUUACUUUCAAUGCGGCGUAUUCGUUCUACCCGAUCGCGACAUUUGAAGACCGAAGCGCAGUCAAAAUCCCCGGAUCGAGGCACCGUCCGGAUGUCCUCGCAAAGUAUGUGAAAAGAGGUUGGAGAGUCUACUCAGUGUUCAGGCCCAAGGAUAUCGCGCAGCCCUAUAAAUCACCAUUCCUCCCGAACGUGACCCGAUGGGUCGGUGAUCGUCACUGUUGGACCAUUCCGUUAGAUACAUCGGGAGUCGGGCCCCGCACAGCGUCGUCCCCGUCCUCGGAACAAUUUUCAUGGGACCCCUCAACCCAGAACGGUUGGAUAAUGAAGACCAUGCCAGCCGCUAUGAAAGGUCUCAGCGUACCAGAUAUGGAUUACAAUCCCAUCACGACCACUAUAUUCCGUUACAACUAUAUCGUUCCCAGUGAAUCACUCGCUUCAACGAUCCGUGGGUGGGCGUUCUCCCAGGGUAAGCUUAACCAUGAAAUAUUAACUAGACACAACUGGACUUGGUGCGUCUAUCGAUACCCAAACCGUUUCUCGUGCAUUCACACCUGCGCUUAGGUUCGAUGCUGAAAUACCGGGGUUCCGUGAGCAGGUGACAUAGAAAAUGUAUCGGUAGUCGAACCAGACCGGUACCGUCGUUUCAUUGGGUCUUUCUUUCUUUUUGUUGAGACUCGUUGUCCCACACGUAUCACACGCGGGUCAUAAUUACUUGCCUAUGUCAUUCUCUUAGGCAUGCUCUGAAGAUUUUUUUUUAAUAUCGCAAGUCGGAAUACAAUUUUUGCGUCAACAUCGAAAG